AUGAUUUCGUUAACUGCAGCGAGAAAUCGAGAGGCUUUGGAGUGGAGUGAAGAAAAGCAGAAAAUCGUAGGCGAUGGCGGUUUAAAUCAACGUCUCGAAAAAGAGAACAAACUUAACAGCGAAGUAUUCGAAGCGAAAAUCAAAAAACGUGAUCAAGCAAUCAGUGCCUUGGCAAAUGCACUCGAUAAUAAGGCAAAGUGCAAUUCACUGCUGCAUCAGUGUCUCAUUAAUGAAUUAGAUAUGCUUCGAAUUGAUCUUGACAGUUCGUUAUCGCUUAUUCUUGAAAUUGCUGCAAAAAUUGAAGAAGUAAUGAAAAACAUCAAUCAUCUUAAGAUCUGCAUGGAAUGCAUUAUCAAUUGUUCAGCGGGUGCUGGAGCUCUGAAAGAAAUAAAUCAGAUGCUCUUCUCAGAUAAACACCUCACAAAUCUCUUCCAUCAGUUAUUUCAAAUGCAAUGGUUAUAUGAGGAGCGACUAAUUAAAUUGACAUCGCAACUUACGAGCAAUAAUAUUUUAUCAAAACGUCUUCUGAACAAGGACACUGAACUGAAUUGUGAACCAUCUUCGCUAAAGCAAUCUGGCGAUUAUCAACUAAAAUCAGAGUUACAAGUAGCUGGAAAAUCUGAAGGUGGUCUUGAAACGGCGUUAACUAUGGCUCGUGAGUUACGUUCACAGUUAUACAAUCUUCCGAAACGCUCGCAUAAUGCUGAAAACCUGUAA